AUGCUCUCCCGGCCAGCCAUGCUGCUGGGCGGCCUCCUCCUCGCGGUGGCCACCAUGGUUGCAGCCCAAAGGAGGGGACCUGAGGCGGCCGCGCAGCGCCAGGUGCACCUGGUCCAGAGCGGCCCGUGCAGCUACACCUUCGUGCUGUCCGACCCGCAGCUCUGCCCGCCCGGGGACCCCGGGAGCCCCGACAGCCUCCAGAGGGACGUGUCCCCCGCGUCGCCCUCGGCCUCCCUGGGCGCCUGGCGGGCCCAGCGGAUGCGACAGCUGGAGAAGGCGCUGGAGAACAGCACCCUGCGGCUGCAGAAGCUAGAGAGGUACAUCCAGAUGAAUCUGAGGUCAAAGCUGGCACGGGCCCAGCAGCACAUGGUCCAGAACCAAACGGCCGCCAUGUUGGAGCUGGGCUCGGACCUCCUGAACGAGUCGGCGGCCCGCACCUCCGACGUGGAAGCCAAGGUGCUGAACGAGACAUCGCGCCUGGAGGUCCAGAUGAUGGAGACCUCGCUGUCCACCGAGGAGCUGGAGAAGCAGCUGCUGCAGCACAGCAACRAGCUGCACCGGCUGCAGGGCCGCAGCAGCGCGCUGGAGACGCGGUUGCAGGCCCUGGAGACGCAGCAGCAGGAGGACCUGGCCAGCCUCCGCGAGGAGGAGGAGCAGCUGCGGCGCCUGCUGGGCAACCACAGCGGCGCCCUGGCUGUCCUGGAGCGCAGUCUGCGCCUCGCCAGCAGCAACUCGAGCCUUCUGCAGAUGCAGCAGCGCCAACUGCUGGAGUCGGUGCAGCGCCUGGUGCACGUGAUGGCGCAGGGCCCCGGCGGGAGCGCGGCAGCCCCCAUGAGGGCCCCUGAGCAGGUGUUCCAGGACUGCGCUGAGAUCCACCGCUCCGGAGCCACCGCCGACGGCGUCUACACCAUCCGUGUGGCCAACGACUCGGAGCCCAAGAAGGUGUUCUGUGGCAUGGAGUCCAACGGAGGCGGGUGGACCCUCAUCCAGCGCCGUGUGGAUGGCAGCGAGGAUUUCCAGCGGAGCUGGAAGGAGUACAAAGAGGGUUUCGGAAACCCAGCRGGGGAAUACUGGCUGGGCAAUGAGGCCAUCCACCAGCUCACCAGCAGGGCCACCUACUCUCUGCGCGUGGAGCUGGAGGACUGGGAAGACCAAGAGGCCUACGCCCAGUACGAGCGAUUCCAGCUGGGCAGCGAGGCCCAGUUGUACAGGUAG